AUGGAUAGAUCAAGCUUGACUAACCUAUUGAAGUUUCCAGGCUAUAAUCAAACCGUGGUCAGUGAUACGUCUGUACUUUCAUGUGGUUGUUUGACCUCGGAGUCGGUAUUUACCAAUGAAUGUAUGAACUAUUGCCCCAAUUGCCAUGCCAGUAAUGUUUCACUACUAGCUCAAAUUGAACCACUACGGCAAUUGUACCGUUUAAUUGACACACAAGGACAUAGGAGACUAUCCAAUAGUGAACGGAGUCGUCGAAGUUUUGCUAAAAAGGGCACCAAAGGCGAUGAUCAUUCAGCGCAAUUGACAUCGAAGAUGACAGAAUCGAUGAAUUUGUUGACAUUAUUUCACAAAUAUGCAAAAGAAGAACAGUCUGGACUAUCCCAACCUGAAGUACAAUCAGCAGUUGGGGCAAUCGAUAUUGUGAAACGAAAGUCAUUCGACGAUGUGUCAUUUGCACCACGUGGUACGCCGUCCAGUCAAUCUGGAUCUGUGUCGCCUCAAAACCUUCGUAAUCUUGGGUCUGACUUGAUGAUAAUGAGUCAACAAAAGCAUGAUCCAGAUUUUGAAACCCUAUUAGAGCAUGUGAGUGAACAGAAGGAAUACAAUUUUAGUAAAUGCUUUCCCUUUCAUCGUAAAGUUUUAUCAUUUCCUACACUGCAAAUGAAAUUGAAUAUAGGAACAGUAAAUCCAUUCAAAUUGGGAUCGUUCGGUAUCAAAAGGUCAAUAAAUUCAUCCAUUCAUACCUUUAUUGACUUCCAUAAAGGAUUGGAGACAACUCGAUUUGUGCUAUUGAGUGAAAAAAAAUGGGAACUAUAUGAAUACGUAAUACCAUCAAGAGAAACAAACAUGGCCCACAUCAAACCUGUACUAGUAUGCUGCGGAAAACUGACCGGUGAAUAUGGUGAGUCACAGAAUAGUUUAAAAUCCACAACCACGCCAGGUGAGCAUGAAACUGUAAAAUCAAAUGACUUUGGCAAUAAUGGGAAAGCAGAUAAUUUAUCGUCUAGAGAUGAUUUGAAGAAACGAUUGGCAUCAUGGGACCAAACAUACUGUAAAUUAACCAGAAAUGUUUUAGUCAUAUCAGGGACAAAGGGGGUUAUGAGAGUAAUCAACGUCAGUCUGGAGGGACAGUAUCAAGUGGGUGAGCCAAUCUACACGUAUCUCACGAAUUUUCCAAUACGAUGUAUCGCAAUCUCCCCAAACGAAAAUCUUAUUGCUUGCAGCAUAACAGGACGAGAGCGAAUUUCCGAUAAGGAGCAACCGUUUAUUGUUUUACAUAGGAUGGUGGCGCACGAGGCGUCGUGGAUUAGUUUUGUCGAUCCAAUAUUAAUAACAGUGCCUUAUCGCGAUCCAAUCAAACUUGUCAAUUUCAACGCAUCUUCCUCACAUAUUAUUUGUGCUACGGUGUGGGAGUCGAGGUACAUCAUCAUAAAGUUAAGAGACGGGGAAAAAGGAUACCAAAGGCCACGUUUGGUGUGGUCAGAACUACCAUUCAAGAGUGGUACGAGACAAGACGAGGGAGGUAAUAUUUCUUUAGGCAGAGAGGAUUCAUUAGGAACUGACGAUGAACUUAUGAUGGCAAGCGAGGGUAUCACCGAUGUACAGUUUGGAAAUAUGUACUCCAAUACAAUAGUAAUCACAUCCAACUAUUUAGGUUACAGACUACCGGUUGUGAUACGCUUACACGGGACUCAAAUUGACUCUUCCCGACCUGGACCAAAUAAUGAUGCCUUUAGUUUAGAAAAUUCUUUUUCAAGUCGUGAUAGAGAAGAAGAGGAUGAUUAUUCAAUGUUGAAGUCUUCGGAGGUAAUACUUAGAGUUCCAGAAGUGGGAUCUUCGAUCCACGUGGCUGCAAUAUCCCCCAGAGGUGACGGAAUCGUGUUUGUUGAUAAAGACGGGCGUUUGUAUCUAGUGUCGGCUCCAAACUUAAGCUCACAAUCUGGUACUGGACUGACAAAUAAGAAGACAGUUGUGUUGUUGGGUGAGGCAGCUAAUGCAGAGAGAUAUACAGAAGCGGCAUCGGUACAAUUUCUGGCUGAUGGGGGUAAAGUGUUUGCAGUAGACAGAAAAGGAUUAUUCCAAGUUUUUGAUUUCACAAAAGGUGUACCAGGAGAAGACUUGGAUGUCGUUAAGUGUAAAAUAUUGAGUGUAUAA